CUCAUGCAUCACCUGCUAUGCUUUUUUACAGUUGGCAGCCAUAAUUGGUAAAUAUAGUCCCUAUUUUUCUUCUAGCAAACUCUUGCUAUUUGUUCCCAUGUGGUGGUGUGCAGCUUCAAAGUGCAGAAAAAUAGCAGUCAUCAACCUCCUACUACAGUCCUGUUAUUAGGAAAGGCAGCAUGGCUUUCAGAAUCUCUGAAUCGAAAAAAGAACACAGAAAAAGAAAAGUUACAGAGGAAGGAAGAGUGUUUAAAGAAAAUUGGACAGAAGAGUACUUUUUUGUUGAGGCAAACAGUAAAGCACUCUGCUUAAUUUGUGGUGAAUAUGUGCAAGUUUUCAAAGACUAUAAUUUAAAAAGGCAUUAUAUGCAAAAACAUGCUGCAAAAUUCUCUGUGUAUCAAGGAAUGUGUCGUAAGGACAAAGCAAUGGAACUUAAGAAAAGUCUGUCUUCUCAACAAAAUUUAUUUAAAAAAGUUAUUACUCAGACAGAAUCUAUUGUAAAAGCUAGUUAUGUGGUAACAUAUUUAAUAGCAAAAAAAUCAAAACCAUUUACUGAUGGUGAGUUUAUUAAGCAAUGUAUGGAAAGUGUGGCAGACAUAAUUUGCCCUGAAAAAAAAGGGGAUAUUUCUAAAAUAAGUUUGUCACACCAGACUAUAGCCAGGCGAACAGAAGACAUUGGAAAAUCUGUUGAAAGAUGUUUGAAGAGUAAAGCUGCUAAAUUUAAAUAUUAUGCUUUGGCAGUGGAUGAAAGCACUGAUGCUACAGAUACGGCUCAACUUGCCAUUUUUAUGAGAGGUAUUGAUAAUGAAUAUAAUGUUACUGAAGAGAUGGCUUCUUUAGUGCCAUUAAAAGACACAACUAAAUCAAGGGAUUUAUAUGAAGCAGUAAAAAAUAUGUUAAAUAGAUAUUCUCUGUCUUUUGUAAACAUAUCUGGUAUAGUUACUGAUGGUGCCCCAGCAAUGGUAGGUAGAAGAGAGGGACUUGUAAAAUUAAUAGAAAAUGAUGCAAUUGCUGCCAAAAACUCACAUUUAAUGAAGUAUCAUUGCAUAGUACAUCAAGAAAAUUUAUGUGCAAAAGCUUUAAAAAUGGAUAACAUCAUGCAAAUAGUGAUAAAGGCUGUGAAUUUCAUAAGGGCCAAGGGCUUGAAUCAUCGCCAGUUCCAGGAAUUUCUUAGAAGUAUAGAUGCUGACUGUGGUGAUGUCAUUUACUUCUCAGAAGUAAGAUGGCUAAGUCGAGGCCAAAUGUUGAAAAGAUUUUAUGAUUUGCGACAUGAAGUAAAGUCAUUUAUGGUAUCAAAAGCAAAAUGUGUGCCUGAACUUGAUGAUGAAAACUGGCUUACAGAUUUAGCAUUUUUAGUGGAUUUGACCUCCCAUUUGAAUGACUUAAAUAUGCGUCUUCAAGGUAAAAACCAGCUUAUCAACACAAUGUUCCAAGGCAUAACAGCAUUCCAAACGAAACUAAAAUUAUGGGAAGAUCAAAUUAAGGCAAACAAUUUUAUGCAUUUCCACACAUUGGCCAAACAUGUUCCUGUGAACACUGAAAAAUAUGCAGCCUUGCUUUAUGAUUUGAUACAAGAAUUUGAAAAACGGAGCAAUGGGAUAUUCAUCCUGAUGAAUGCAGUAAUGACGAGACUUCUUUCGCUUAAAGUGACAUUGACCUUGUACUUUAUGGAUAAAGUACCAUGUGCAACCAAACUGGUAGAAGGGAUGGAGGAUUUCAACGAUGGGGUUGUUUUCUAUGAAGAAAAAAAGAUGCUUGGGAGGUGA